AUGGAGGCGGCGGUGCUGGGCGUGGGGCUCGGGCUGCUCCUAGCGCUGCUGUUGCUGGCAGCCGCCCUGCGCCGCGCCGCCCCGCGGGGAUCGCCCGCCGCGCCACCGCGGGGUGAGGGCGCCGGGGCGAGCGGCCACGCCGCCGCCAGGCCCGAGGGCCCCCGGAGGGCGAAGCUGCCGGCGCGGGCUCGCAAGGAGAAGCCGCAGCAGCACGGCUUCGCGCACCGCCUGCUGGUCGCCGCCCUCAAGGGCCACAGCGGCAUCGUGAGCUGCCUGCACUUCAGCAGCAGCGGCAAGUACCUGGCGUCCUGCGCCGACGACCGCACCGUGCGCCUCUGGAGCACCCGCGACUUCACGGCGCGCGAGCACCGCUGCCUCCGGGCCAACGUGGAGCUGGACCAUGCCGAGCUCGUCCGCUUCAGCCCCGACUGCAGGGCGUUUGUCGUCUGGCUGGCAAAUGGAGAGACCGUUCGUGUCUAUAAAAUGAUGAAGAAGGAUGAUGGCAACUUCACCUUCACUGCAACUUCUGAGGACUUCCCAAAGAAGCACAAGGCUCCUGUCAUUACCAUAGGAGUUGCAGAAACAGGAAAGUUCAUCAUGACAGCUUCCAGCGACACUACUAUCUUGAUCUGGAACCUGAAAGGUGAAGUCCUUGCCAGCAUUAACACUAACCAGAUGAACAAUGCCUAUGCCGCUGUGUCACCCUGUGGGAGGUUUGUGGCAUCAUGUGGCUUCACUCCUGAUGUAAAGGUGUGGGAAGUAUGUUUUGGCAAGAGCGGACACUUCCAGGAAGUGACCAGGGCUUUUGAGCUGAAAGGUCACACUGCUGGCGUAUAUUGCUUCUCCUUCUCUAAUGACUCAAGGCGGAUGGCAACUGUUUCCAAGGAUGGCACUUGGAAGUUCUGGGACACAGAUGUGGAAUAUAAGAAGCAACAAGACCCAUACCUGCUGCUGACAGGGAAGUGCGAGGUGGCAGAGCCAUGCCGCAUUGCCCUGUCCCCUGACGCUCACGUUGUGGCCAUCUCCUGUGGCACAAGCAUCGUUAUGUACAACACACGAAGAGGGGAGGAAGAAGAGCGCUUUGUUGGCGUUCAUGGACAGCACAUAGCAGACUUGGCUUUUGACACUACAGGCCGCUACCUGGUGUCCUGUGGGGACCGGGCCAUCCGUGUGUUCCACAACACCCCUGGCUACCGUGCCGUGGUGGAGGAAAUGGAGACCAUGCUGAGAAAAACCACCACAAAAGCCACCCGGGAGCGGCUGGAGCAGCAGAUCGCCAGCGCCAAGAAAGCGCUGGCAGCAAUCUAUGGCAAGAAGCAGUAGUGUUGUGCCACAGCGCACGCCCCAGUUUCCUGCAGGAGCAGCGCAUGGGACUUGACUUUUGAUAAAACAAUGAACAGCUUGUAAUAAAAGAACGCUUCAGGGCU